CCACCCUCAAGAAAGGACACCAGAAUAUUUGCCUGCUGAACUUAUUUUCCCCAAAUCUUCUCUUUGUUAGCUACAUUUUCUUCCAUGAUGAGUUGGAUGAAGUGUUGUGUGUUCCCCCUGGUGCUGCUGUGCAUGUGGCAGCUGCAAGAAGGAGCACACGCCUGCAGUUGUCUUCUGACGCAUCCGCAGACUUCAUUCUGCCAAUCAGAUGUCGUCAUCAGGGCAAAGGUGGUUGCAAAAAAAGCUGGAGGUGGUAACUUUAACAACGUCAAGUAUGACAUCAAACACAUUGCGACUAUCAAGGGCCCCAAGAAGCUGUUUUAUACCCUCUACACUGCAUCCAACUCUGCAGCAUGUGGUGUGACUCUGACCCUAGGUGUAGAAUAUUUUAUCAAAGGCCAAAUGAGGUCUGACGGGUCUCUGCACGUAUCAUCCUGUAACUACCCUGUACCCUGGAAAAGCAGCCACACGAUCCUGGUAGAACGUUAUCUGAUGGGCUGUGAUUGCAAAAUCACUCGAUGUGACUCUGUCCCGUGUGGGAUCAGCGGCCCGACUGAGUGCUUGUGGACGGACCAGCUGACUGCUAAUUCGGUCAAAGUGGAGCAGGACAAACAAUGUGCUUGCGUCAAGAAAAGUGAUGGUUCUUGUGCUUGGUACCAGGAGGCCGCCUCACCCAAAAAUUAUUAAUGGACAUUAAAGACCCGUAAAUUACAAAUUGAUUUAUUUGCAGAUGCAUUCUUUAAAUUACAAUCAUGAUUUUGGCGCUUUCUGACUCCCAAGCACUUUGGUACAAAAUUGUUUCAAUAAGAAUAAAAACAAAACUGAAA